CAGGUGUUUAUUGGCAAUACUUUUUAAACAGUAAAGUAUGGAGUAGAACAUAUUAUACUUCCUCAUACAACUUUAAAUUGGCAAAAGAGAUCACAACAAGGUGAACCAUGGCAAACAAGUUGGUGAUCAUCGACACAGACUGCGGCAUUGACGACGCUCAGGCCAUAAUGAUGGCCUUGGCGGCGCCCAACCUGGAGGUCCUGGCCGUCACCUGCGUGUUUGGGAACGCCGCGGUGGAGAACGUGUGUCAGAACAUUUUGCGGGUUCUCUCUGUCUGCGAUCGCCAGGGGAUUCCAGUGUUUCAAGGCAGUGCUGGUCCUCUUGUUGGAGUCAGUUGGAGCCCAUUCAGUGACCACUUUGGAGGUGACGGACUUGGGGAUGUGCUAGAGGACAAAGAUCCUCAGUGGAAGGAGAAAAUUCAACAGGAGCACGCUGUCAAUGCCAUGAUUAGACUGGCAUCUAAAUAUGAGAAUCAGGUCUCCUUGGUGGCCCUGGGCCCGCUCACUAACCUGGCGCUGGCCGUCAGACUGGAUCCACGUUUUCCCCAAAAGCUCGGAGAGCUCUUCAUCAUGGGAGGCAACAUGGAAGGAAAGGGGAACGUGACCAUCUGUGCGGAGUUCAACUUUGCAAUGGAUCCAGAAUCGGCUUACGUUGUUCUAGAAGAGUUCAUCUGCCCUACUUACCUCGCUACAUGGGAAUACUGCUGCAGAAAUGCCCUGACUUGGGAGUUCUUUGAAGAGCUGGUCAACCAGGACUUCCCGGCGGCCCGCUUCAUGAAGGCGGUGACAUCGAAGUGUUGGGCCUACUCCAAAGAAGCCAUGAAGAACAAGAGAGACGUGUACUUCGGGCCUGGCUUCGUCUCUUAUGACUCCUACGCGAUGGCGGCCUGCGUGGACGGCAGCACGGUGCUGGAGAGCAUCGAGUGCCCGGUGCGCGUGGAGCUGCAGGGCUCCAUGAGCCGCGGCAUGUUGGUGCUGGAUCGCACAAAGUCUCUGAAGAAGAGCCACGCCGUGAGGGUAAUGUCUAAAUGCGAUGUGAAGAAGCUUGGUCGGCUCCUAAUGGAGUCUCUCAAACAACCGUGGAGGAAGUAACCCGUUCAGCUGUAAGGUUCAUUUUUCUUCUGACAAUACCUUCAAAUGAGGGACAAACUUUACAAGGAUAAACAUUUUUUGUUGCUGUUUUUCCCCCCCUGUAUGCCAUUAUUAUCUGGGUCAGAGUUUGGACCAAACUUUAACCAUCAAUCAGAUGGUGUCACAUUCGACUUUGGAUUGGUAGAGACAUUCAAGGAUCAACGCAACAAUCAAUGUCCUGCACAUGAAGGUCAAGUAAUUACCACAGUGAAUGCUAGUUUUCUGUAAUAUUUGUAGAUUUGUAAAUAAUUGCUGGAAAAUUUGCAUGGACCAAUUUCAUAUAGGAAAAUACACUGAAAAUCUAAAACAAACAUGGGUUAUGACUCAUGAAAGACAAAACUUUGUGUUUCCUCUUUCUAGUUAAACAAGAUACAUUUCAGUGAAAAUAUCACCCUAAAAAAUAUAUAUUUUUUAGGUGUUAAUCUGUUGUGUGUUAUUCUUGGAAUCAUUUGUUAAGGCCAUUUCAUUUUAAAGGUUUUGGUGUUGAACACUUGAAUUUUUAAAAAACUGUAUUUUAACUAUAACAUAGGGAUUUAAAUCACAUGUAAAAGAAAAAAAAAAUCAGUUUUAGAUUUUAAAAUAUACCCAAGUUCAUCAGCUUCUUUAACAAAACAAGUGAAAGAAUCCAAGAGGUGUAGUUUUUCCUUAUAGUCUAGCAGAGGGCAGCAGACAACCAGUAGCGCUGCAACGGAAGCAUGAAUUGUUGCAUCAUGCUGACAUGUUUUUUAUCUUUUUGAGGAAGAGGAACAGCACACGCUCUAAAAAGAACAAACAGCUGCACCCUUGUAGCACCUGGUCCAGAUUCCAGACAGUAUUUCAUAAGCAAAAAUAAGCAUCCAGACAGAAAAGCUAAAGAUGUUAACUCAUAAUCAGAGGAAGACUGACCGGUUACUCUGCCCUUCGUGGGGCAGAGCUUAAAGUGCUUAUUAAAAUAUCCCGGAGAGAAAUGGGACAUGCCUUCAGGAAUUCAAUACAUCAUAAUUUCUUACCACCUUAUUCUACAAAAACAUAUUGAAGAAUUGAUUAUAAUAAAUUAAAUGCAUUAAAAUGCUAAUAAAAGUAAUGAUGGAAAAUGAAAUUUAACUUUUGCUCCGUUUGUGUUUGAGAGGAUAAAUCCUUUGUUUCUGUUCAUAAACAAGGAAUUUGA